UACUACUCCGGUGAGUAGCUCAAGAGUCAGAAUUUCGACAGAAUUUGAAAGUCAACCUAAGUAAAAUGAGACUGUGCGUUGGGUUAAUUCCUGCAUUGACUGAAGCUGCCCUGUCAAAAUUGAAGUCAUCUGGAGUUACCAAUGUACUGACUUUCAUGCAGAAAGACCCUGAGGAUUUAGCGCAAGAAACUGGUAUCAGUUAUAAGGAUUUGCAGAGCAUUCGGCAAUUAAUUUUUGCACAACAUGCUGCUAUUCCAAUUACUGGGACAGAUAUGUUAGAUAAAGCUGCCAAAUCUACACUUAUUAUUUCAACUGGCAAUAGCAGUUUGGAUUCCCUUUUGGGUGGAGGGCUAAUGAAUGGAGAAGUAGUUGAAUUAUGUGGCCUGGAAGGAGUAGGGAAGACAACAUUUUGUGUUUACAUGGCAAUUCAUUCUGUUCUAAAACUCGGACUUCAUGUUCUGUAUAUUGAUUCCUCUACCAAUGUUUCAUUUAGAAGAAUUGGGCCCAUCAUAGAUAAAAUAGCAAAGGAAGAUGAGGAUCUUGAAGAACCUUUGGCACGGCUGAAGGUGAUACAACCACAUGAUCAUUUGGAGUUGCUUCAAACUUUGCAUCAUUAUUUCAAUCCAAAACAGUCUGAAGAAGGGGAACACUGUAAUGAAGGCAAGAAAGAAGAGAAAUGCAAGCUAGUCAUUUUGGAUUCUGUUUAUGCAUAUAUAAAUAAUAUCCACUCAAACACAAAUCAAGAGUUGGCAUACCUCAAUCAGUUGGCAUGCAGUUUAAAGAAGCUAGCUAUAGAACAAGAAUUGGCUGUAAUUGUUGUUAAUAGAACUAUAAGAGCAGAUGAGGAAGAUGAUAAACUAAAACAGGGCUCUUUUUCCACUCUGAAGCCAGCUCUUGGCAACUACUGGGCUCAUGUUCCAAAUACCAGACUUUUCAUGGAGAAGACAAGAAAACAACAGUUUCUAAAUGUUCCAGGACCAAGUAACUUGCCAGAAAUCACUGCCACUAAUGUUCCAGGACCAAGUAACUUGGCAGAUGCUACCUCCAGAUUUCAUUUUAGAGUUACUAUUUGGAAGAGUUCUAGAUUAAAAACUAAUGAAGCAGAAAUUGAAAUAUUCUGAGAUAGGGUAUUUGAUCAAAGACCAAUUGUAAGCAUUCUUUAUACAUUUUAUCUUAGAUAUCUGUGCUUUAACAAAAUCUGUGAUAAUUAACAUACAUUUUAAUAAUGCAUAUACAGAUACGCAAUGUGACUCAGGAAUAAACAUUUACCAUAAAAAAU